AUGUGAUGAAUGUGAACUGUUCCCCAUAGUGGGCCCCAGGUACAAAUGUCAAAAAUGUCCCAGUUAUGACAUGUGUGAAAACUGCUUCCGAAUCAAGAAACACAAACACAGUCAUGUCUUCAUCAAAAUAUCGGAACCAGAUUGUGAGCCGUCUUUUGCUGGUAAGGCAGGCAAACAGAGGAGAAAGUUUGGGGUCAUGUCCUCCAGAUCCACCAUUGAUGACUGGCACACCUGUGUCAAGGCCAUCACUGUGUCAUCGCGAGAAAAUCAGGCUCACAGACUCAUCAAUGGAAACAAUGGCUACUGGCAGAGUUCAGGGUCACAGGGCAAGCACUGGAUCCGACUGGAGAUGCAGCCAGACAUCCUUUUACAUCGACUCUACAUGAAAGUGGAGCCUUCUGACUCCAGCUACAUGCCAAGUUUGGUGGUGAUCAGUGCAGGAGAUACACUAAACUCCAUGAGAGAAAUCCGUGCAGUCAAUAUCACAUCAUCCGAGUCUAUCGUGACACUUCUACAGGACCUUAAUGACGUGAGUCUUGAGUUUCAAUUUCUACAAAAAAAAAAUAUUAAAUAA